AUGACGUCCCUCCGAAGUCUCGGUGCCAUCGUGAUCGCCGCGCUGGCCAUCCUCUCCGUACCAUCUCUAUCGCACUUUCUCACAGAUGUCUUUAAAUUUCUCUUUGCUCGCGACAGUCAUAUUUAUCAUGCGACUAAUUUCCCAGAGCCGUUUAUAACUAUUUCUUUCACAAUUUAUAAUGAAAUAAUAAUUACACGGAUAAAUUUUGAGUUGUAUUUUCGACAUUUAGUUAAUGGUCAAACCAAUAGAAAUCAAUCAGAUCAAAAGAAAGAAGAAGAAUUCAAAUGCCCCGAAGGUCAAGGAAACGGAAACUUCGCCGACCCGGCGACAUGCAGAAGAUUUUAUCAGUGUGUCGACGGCUAUCCAUACUUAAAUCGUUGCCCAUCCGGUCUGCACUUCGACGACAUUAGUAAAUUUUGCACAUUCAAAAAUGAAGCUCGAUGUGGUCCCAUUCCUACGACCCCGGCUCCAGUGACCGAAACACCCACCGACUUGGCGGAACGAUGCGACACGUCAAAAUGUUCGUUACCAUACUGCUUCUGCUCUCGGGACGGCACGUUAGUCCCCGGUGGCUUAAAACCUCAAGACACACCGCAAAUGAUUUUAUUGACAUUUGACGGGGCAGUUAAUCAUAACAAUUUUGAUCAUUAUCAAAAAAUAUUCAACUCGGAUAGAUUGAAUCCGAACGAGUGCCCGUUAAAAGGAACAUUUUUCAUUUCUCACGAAUACUGCAACUACAACAUGGUUCAAAGCCUUGCCCACGAUGGCCACGAAAUAGCUACCGAAACUAUCUCCCUUCAAAAAGGUUUGGAGGACAAGAGUUAUGAUGACUGGCUGAGCGAAAUGAUCGGCAUGCGAGAAAUCCUUAAGCACUUCAGCAACAUAUCGAGCAGCGAGGUAGUUGGUAUGCGUGCGCCAUAUUUAAAACCAGGUCGCAAUACCCAAUAUAAAGUUAUGGAAGACUUCGGCUACAUAUACGACAGCAGCAUCGGCGUUUCACCGAGCAAAACUCCCAUUUGGCCUUAUACGCUUGACUAUAAAAUACCGCACGAGUGUAAAGCCGGCACUUGCCCUACAAAAUCCUUCCCAGGUGUCUGGGAAAUUCCUCUCAAUGCUCACUACGUGGAGACGUACGAAGGUGGCCACUGUCCUUAUCUAGACCAAUGCGUCCUCCACAGCCAUGACGCCGAGGAAGUCUUCGAGUGGCUGCAGGAGGACUUCAGCAGAUAUUACGAUCAGAAUCGUGCACCUUACAUGAUGCCCUUCCACACGAAUUGGUUCCAAAUAAAGGAGCUCGAGCGUGGUCUGGCUAAAUUUUUGGAUUGGGCGACUACCCUUCCCGAUGUCUACUUUGUUACUGCAACGCAAGCCUUGACUUGGAUAACGGAUCCAACACCCAUUAAUGGAUUGCAUAAUUUUGAUGGUUGGUCAUGCAAGAAGAAGGAAAAUCUUCCCCAGCCACCGUGUAAUAAUGCAAAUAAAUGUGCUCUUGAGUUUAAACCUGCUGAUUUUAAUUUUUCAUCUACAAGGUAUAUGGAAACAUGCAGAGAAUGUCCAAACAAAUAUCCUUGGCUGGGCGAUGCCAAAGGUACCGGCUUCUUAAACGACAAUUACAGUGUUGAAAGAGAGUAAUCGUUCUAUCACAGAUUUUAAACAAAAUGAAUCUCUCGAUUCCAAGAAUCGAAUGGAAUAUCACUUUUUCCUAGUUAAGGGUCGCCGAAGGUCUUGAAAAUUGUGCAAGACAAAGAUGCAAGGACUCGUAAAUUUUAAUUACAUAUGUAUAUUAAAAUAG